CUCGGGGAGUGCAAGCAGUUUCUGGCCUUGGGCAUUGGGCGGCAGUUCACUGAUCCACCGGAGAUGCCCCCGGUGCCCUCACCCGUCUGGCUUCUGACUGUCUACAGCCAUGACGUGCUAUCGCGGCUGGAUGAGGUGAAGGCCAGGGUCACCUCCGUCUUUGGGUCCAACUUAGAGAUGGACUCUACCAAGAAGGUGACUAAAAAGCUCGCGAGUACCGCUGCAGACACAGCCGCCUGGGUUACCAACGUCGGUAACGAGCAUGGGCAGGUCCUCGUCAGUGUCCUCACUGCCGGUGAGGGUGAGGGCCUGCUCCCCAUGGCGGCUGGUCUCAUGGAGCGGUACCGGCUCCCCGGGGAGGCGCCCCCCCAGCUCAUGUACGUGGACCGAGACUGCUGCUCCAGCUUCGGAGGAUCAAAAACAGCUGUACAAUGACUGGGACCAGCUGGUUGUUCGGCUGGACAUCUGGCACCUGAUGUGGCGGUUCGCGUCAGGUGUCACCACUGAGAGCCACCAGCUCUACGGUCCCUUCAUGCGGCAGCUGUCAGCCUGCAUCUUUGAGUGGGAUGCAGGCGAUGUCCGCCGACUGCUGGAGGCCAAGAGGUCUGAGCUGGAGGGGAAGCACGGGAUGGUCGGCCUCACCGAGGCAGAGGUUUCGAGGAAGAUCGGCAGGAAGGAGAUUGCGCUUCACUGUCGGCGUCGUACGCGUGGAGCUGCGGCGACCGAAGUCCUUCUCCUUGACCUCCUCGAGACCUUCAACAGCGAGAGGUCAGGGGUCGACACCCUGGGCAUCCCGUUGCUGGACUCCAUCCGCAUCCAGGCAAUCUGGAAAGAGCAGAGGCGCCACCUCCACUGCAUACAGGACCCACCCGGUGUACAGUUGUACACCGAGACCGGCAAAAUCACCAAGGGCGGCGUGAUGUUGCCGGUUUAUCGCUGCGCACGGGGCUCCACAUCCUUGGAGUCAUUCCAUCUCCACCUCAACCGGUUCAUCCCAGGUACCAGGGCAAAUGCAAUGCAUUUCCAGGCAUUCCUGUUGGAUGGACUGGUGAGGUGGAACGAGGACCGUGCGCAGGCAGCAGUGGAGGGAAAGAACAGGCAGCCCCUGCUCUCCUACAGUGGCCACCUGCAGCACAUCCUUAACCUUAGCAGCCAAAGGGUGCUUGGCAAGGAACAGGUUAAGGACUACUCCAAGCCUAGCGAGUACACAGGGGAACUCCUCGGAGUGGAGUACCUGUACUCGCAGACUGGCAGAGUGCUGCAGGAUGUCAGCGGGGACCCUGACCUUCCGGAAGAGGCAGCCGCCGUCGAGCAGCUCGACGAGGAGGACGAGGGCUUUCAGGAGGAGGAUGUAGACCAGACAGUCCACAUCCCUCAUGUCCCUCGUAUGAGCGCCCCGUCCUCAAGCUCAGCGGCACCUCUGUCAGGGGAACCCGCUGACGCACCCAGGUCUGGGCCAUCCAGUCCCACCGCCCCUGAAGACGGAAGCUCUCAUGAGGCCCCUGGUCGACACUGUUCUCCUCACCCUGACCACUCCUCUGAUUCAGAGGAGGAGACUAAAGGCCCUGAUGCAAUGCCAGGCUACCAGCAUGUCCGCAGGCUUGCCAGGGCCUUGGUGGGGGUGUGGAACCGUCAGGGGUUGUCGGACCGCAGGGUAGACGGUCUGGUGGCACUGUGGCUGGUGCUGCCAGACUUCGACAAACAGCGCUUGAUCUACCCUGCCCGACACCAGGAGAGGAUCGUUCAGGGGCGGUUCAAAGCAACAAAGGGGAAGUCGUCCAUUGUCCUAGGAAAAGACUCUCUCCAACGUUGCCUUCUCGGACUCAACUCGGGCCCUGCAAAUUGGCCGGGCACUAGCCGUUUGGUGGAGGCCAUUUGCAGUCAGCUCUGUCAAAUCCAUCCCAGCGCCACGCAGUCUGCCGGCGUCAAGAAGAGCAGGUGGGCGCUCAUUCUGGCAGACUACGUGGGCAUCAGGGAGGCAGUGCUGAACAGCCCGAGGUUGAUGGCCCAGACCAACCUUCAGCUCUUUGAGCUGAAUCAAAGAACCAUUAGUCAGUGGUAAGACAUUAACUUAUGAAGGACUUGUUACAUGUGUGACGUGACUAAUGACCAUCUGAGUGACAGCUUGUUUGUUUUCUCUCCCUGUUUCAGGUUCCCGGUGUC